UAUAAAACCCACUCCACUCACGAUUUUAAUAAACGUUUACUUGAGGAAGAAACUAACAAAAACCAUUUCAUUUUUUUGUUCUUCUGUCUUUUAAAAAAAAAAAAAAAAAAAAAAAGGAAAGAAAACCACCAUGGAAAAUAUUGGCGAUGAGUAUAAACAUUACUGGGAAACCAAAAUGUUCCAAAAUGAAGAAUUUGAUACUUGGGCGAUUGAUGAAGCGUUUUCUGGGUAUUAUGAUUCGAGUUCUCCGGAUGGCGCUGCUUCAUCUGCGGUUAAGAACAUUGUUUCGGAGAGAAACAGAAGGAAGAAACUUAAUGAAAGGCUUUUUGCUCUUCGAGCUGUUGUUCCCAACAUUAGCAAAAUGGAUAAGGCCUCCAUAAUCAAAGAUGCAAUUGAUUAUAUACAAGAAUUGCAUGACCAAGAGAGAAGAAUUCAAGAGGAGAUCGUGGAGCUUGAAUCUGGGAAAACAAAGAAGAAUUUGUGUUAUGAUUUUGAGCAAGAAUUACCCGUCUUGCUGAGAUCAAAGAAGAAGAAAACGGAUCAGUUUAAUGAUUCUACAGGAUCAAGAACUUCUCCUAUUGAAAUUCUUGAACUUCGUGUUAACCCAAUGGGAGAAAAAACUCUAGUGGUGAGUAUCACAUGCAGCAAAAGGACGGAUACAAUGGUAAAAUUGUGUGAGGCCUUUGAAUCUUUGAAGCUAAAAAUAAUUACGGCAAAUAUCACCGCCGUCGCAGGCAGGCUUUUGAAGACGGCUUUUAUUGAGGCGGAUGAAGAUGAGAAAGAACAUCUGGAGAACAAAAUCCAAACAGCCAUUGCAGCUCUUAAUGAUCCAACAAGUCCAAUGAGCAUGUGACCUCAGGAUGAGUCUUUUCUCACCAUGUAUUUCUAGUCCUCUUUUGUUUGGGUUUUUUCCUCACUAGUUUUCUUGAAGCAUUCCAAGCCUUCUCUUUUAUUUUCUUCCUGUUUUUACCAAAUGUAUUACUCUUAAGUAGAUGAAUAAAUAUAUAAUUUAGUUAUUACAUACUUCAAAUUAACCCAAAUUUAUG